CGUACACUAUAGAUUUUCAGUACUGGGAGUUGGCAAUGAAUAUCGGAACGCAGCCAUAAGCUCGAUAGUGAUAGCGCAUUAGUUACACGUACGUAGAGAUUCUAAAUUUUAUGAUAAUGUAAUGAAAAGUGGAAUAAUAUAAUAUAUCUUUUAUAUUACGUGUACGAUGUCGUCCGAUAACGAGAACGUUCAACUUCAGAUGUAUAAAGACGAUCCGCGAAUUCCUUGUCAAUUCGGUGUAAAGUGUUAUCAGAAAAAUCCGCAGCAUCAUAGCAAGUACAAACACCCGCCAAAAAAAGAAAUGAUGAAUCAAAGAGCUGAGAAAACGAGUACCAGCAUAAAGAGAAAAAAUCCCCUUAAAGAUGAUAAGAAGAGGAAAAGUCCACAGAGAAAAUUGCAAAAGAUAUCUGAGUUCUGUCAAAAAAAUUUGCACGAUAUGUCCCCGAGUCCGGAGAGAAACAACAUCAGGAACAGCAACGAGGAUGGUAACAAAAACUUUAAUGUGAAAACAGAAGUGUCAGAUAAAGAUAUGAUAGUUGUGCAGACAUCAUCGAAGCAGUAUGAUUGUUCACUUGAAUCAGUCGAGUGCAGCGUAGUUGAGAAUAUAUUAUCGACAUCCAAUGCCGAUAAUAUGUCUGAUGCUGAAAAAAUUAUUAUGGAUCUAUUCCUGGUCGAGAUGCCAAUCGAUUUUUUUCAGUUUUACGAAUUUUGUAAAAGUAUAUCGAAAGAUAAUCCUCUUCUGGCAUGUAAAUCGGUUUCCUUAAAACUUGUCGGUCCGUACGACGUGCUGGACGGUAAAAUAAAAGAUUUUGAAAGUGCGAGCGAUAAAGAAAAAUACUUGAUACACUGGAGAUAUUAUUAUGAUCCUCCAGAAUUUCAGACCAUUAUAAAAUGCGAUGGCAAGGAAGAGUUACAUUAUGGUUACUGGCGAGAUACCGCUACGGAGAAACCUGUGUUUGUAGCAAAAAAUCGAGCAAAUAUAAACUGCAUAUUUGAGUCUGUUGCAGAAAAUAUAUUUGGUGCUAUCGACACCAACAAAAAAUCGUUUUACGAUUUGCAAAAGAUAUUAAAACAGAUAGAAGAAUCUGGUACUUCGGAUGAGAGAAAGACGCCGUUCGCGAAACUUGACGAGAUCGUAAGAUUAGCGACGAUAGCCGCGGACGAAUGCGACUUUGGCACUUGUUUGGAGCUAGGACACGAUCUCUUUUCAAACGGCGGCAUUCACGUUCAAACAACGGUUUUACAAAUGCUAUCCAUUGCCUAUACCCAUUUACAAAGGCUGCAGUUUUUAAAGAUACUUAAAGCACAUUUGAGAGACAGGAAGAGAGGUUGCGAAUUAAGUGUGAUUUGAAAAAAAAACUAUUUGAUUAUAUAUUUAUAUAAAAAAAAGAACAAUUAUAACUUUUAUAUAUAUCGUGUUUUCAAUAUCUCUCUUGAUUAUAUCGGCUAUUGUUUUAGAGUCUGUUCUAAUGCCCUUUCUGAAUGAACAGAUGACAAAUUUUUGUUUAAAAUUUUUAGAAAAGUUAGAAAUUUUUAAAAAAGAUUUCUAAUUAGUUGAUGCGGAUACCAUGAUGCUUUCCAAAUGUCGAAGAAAAAAAAUUGUGAAAAAAAUGUUAAAUACUAUUUAAUAAUGGUUAUAAGAUCAUUUAUACGAAUUUAAAAAAAUAAAAUAAUUUUAUGAAAAAACAAACUAAAAUAUAAUAAAUUUAUGUUCACGUUACAAUUAUACUGAAAGCUGUGAUG